AGCCAUCUAGGCGCAAGGGCGCGCUCUGGCUCAAGCGUGCACCACCGACAACCCCAAACACCUUCCUGGUGAGUGCCUCGAGGCUCUACCAGUGAGAUGAGCACCAAGGACGAGAAGCGCUUCACCCAGAAUCUCGAUUUCGUGAACGCACAGUACCCGCAUAUGGACGACCCGCGCUUCCUAUCGAUCACGAACCAGAUGACCCACUGUCUCCUGCGCUUCGUGCAGUUCUGCCGCUGCGCCCGCGAGCUCGGCGAGGAAGACACGCGCUGCAAGUAUCAGUACUUCCGGGCCCAGUGCGCGUGCCCCGAGUCUCAGAUGGAGGACUGGAUGGAGCACCGCGCGCGCGGCUCGUGCCACAUGGACGUGCUGCCGGACCGUAGCACAGCGCAUGCCCGCCAGUGAGUGUUGCAGCCUGUCGGCCGCAUGGGACGGAGGGAGAGGGCGACGACCGAGUUGUUUAAAAGUCGAGCAACCCAGCGAGAUGUUGAGCAAGGGGUCAGUUUGGCAGGAGCCUCGUCCUAGCGGUAGAACCUGCUCUAAGGGAAUCGCGAUUCGUAUGUCUGAGCCGUAGGGACGGAGUACGCGCGCAGCGCAUAUUCAUAUUCAGUUCGAAAUUCUUUGCACAUGGGCAUGUUUGUACAGUCAGUGCGUUGGGAUAAGGGG